AUUCCAAAUUUUUUUACAAAACUGUGCUAAAGUGAUAUAUAAAUUUCAUUUAUGUAAUUAACAGGGAACACGUCAAGUUGGAAGAGCUAUAAUCCAGAAACCACGUUCUCGAUUAGCUCUUAGUGGUAUAGGUAAACACAAGACCGUAAGUCCAAUCCAGAGAAAAAGGAAGCUAAAAGCAGUGAUGCAGCUGGGCCGAAUAGCGGUCAGUGCUCACAGGCCAGCCACAACUGAAGCAGCACCAUCCCCAUGGAAAAAAGCCAAGAUCUUCCCAAUGAUGUUACAAAAAGGAGGAGGUAAAGAUUCAGAUUAUGUCAAGCUGAUGGCAGCACAGCAAGCAGAUGGAGAAGACAGUAAGGUUAUUAAGGGAAGCCCUUUCCAGAAAUCAGCAGGUGAAGGACCAUCUUCAAAGAAGCUUGGCCGUAAAUUUAAACGUGCUAGUGUUUUGAAGAAAGGUCUGGAGCAUGGCACCUCUGAGGAAGUAAGUGAAUCCGAAUCCAAAUCGGGAAUCUCAAUUAGUGUCACAGCAGAAAGUGAAUCUGAAGUUAGUGAUUAUGGAAAAAAGAAAGAAUUAACAUCCUCUACUAAGACAACAUCGUCUUCUAAGACAACAUCAUCUUCUAAGACAACAUCAUCUUCUAAGACAACAUCUUCUUCUAAGACAACAUCAUCUUCUAUGACAACCUCAUCUACUAAGUCAACAUCCUCAUCCUCAUCGUCAACAUCAUCAGAAAGCAGUUCUUCAGCAUUUCAAUCUGAUAAAGAUUAUUUGAAAGUUACCUUAGACCAAGAUGAAGCUACCGAAAGCACGGUGGACUCCGAUGAAGAACAUUCCGAUUCAGCUGGCUCCACCUCAAGCAGCGACUCAGAAGAUGGGACAAUCAAUUCCCAGAGCAAAGUUUCUGACAUUGUAGAAGAAGGUGAUACAGAAUCAAACAUCUCAUCGUUGAUGCAGAGUUCCAUCAGCAGUCAAGUUACUCCAAGGUCGAGGAAGGACAAGACCUCUGGGUCCACUUUCAAAAAGCAUUCUACAGCUGGAAGUGACUUAGAUGAUGAGAUAGCUGAAAUAUCUGAAGAGACAGAAGAAUCACCUUCCAUUGUAGAAGAGGACCAGCAAACAGGGAGCAGUGAAGAAGACACCAAUGGAGAUACUACUGAAAAGGAGAAAAUUAUGAAGAAACCAACAUCAGCAAGAGUUUCUAAAGAAGGCAUGAAAAGUGAAAAUAUAAAGAAAAAAUAUCCUGAAGAGUAUUUAGGCGAGUCAGACCAUGACACCGAAGAUGUCCCUGACACUACUGAAUCAGACAUGCCUAGUGAUUCCACAUCCUUUUAA